GAGAGCAGUGAGUGAGCAGGGGACAGUGCAGCAAGUGUCAUCACGUCAGUCAACCUGGGGAGGGCAUCUGGUAGUUUAAAAUGGUGUGAAUAUGAUCAGCAUCAGUGUAGACAGCCAACGGUAGCAAGUAGACUGCCUGGAUUAGAUUUCAGUACCUUCUGCAACUAAAACAAGUGUAUGCAUUUAAAUGGAGGAAACCAUCAAGAAGCAAACUUUUCUUGGGCAGUAAAAAACUACCGAGAAAGUGAUAGUUGGGGCCGUGGAGGUGAGUGAAGCCCUUACCCUUGAGAGGGGUAAAAGAUGACUGUUGUGUCCUGUGAGAUCCAGGACGAGACUGUGGUAGUUUCUCCCCUCUACCAAGAUGAUUGCGACGUGGAGCGGGGCGAUCAGGAGUGUAGCGAGAGGGUCGUCAUCAACAUCUCGGGACUGCGCUUCGAAACUCAACUGAGGACUCUCUCGCGCUUUCCCACCACGCUCUUGGGAGACCCACGUAAAAGGAUGCGCUUUUUCGAUCCGUUGAGAAAUGAGUACUUUUUUGACAGGAAUAGACCCAGCUUUGAUGCCAUCCUCUAUUAUUACCAGUCUGGAGGAAAGCUUAGGAGACCUGUCAACGUUACCAUGGACAUUUUCAUGGAAGAAAUGACAUUUUAUGAAAUCGAAGAGGAAGCAAUUGAUAUGUUUAAAGAAGAUGAAGGUAUGAUCAUAGAGGUGGAACGUGCGAUGCCUGACAACGAGUUUCAGCGCCAGUUGUGGCUGUUGUUUGAGUACCCGGAGAGCUCAGGGCCUGCCCGGAUGAUCGCUGUCGUUUCAGUCAGUGUGAUUGUAAUAUCCAUUGUGAUCUUCUGUCUAGAGACUUUACCACAGUUCAGGGAAGAUACCAGCGCAAACCUACCAUUAAGUAAUCACCAUACCACGAAUGGGACUACUCUCCAUAAAAAACCCAAUCUAUUCACAGAUCCGUUUUUUAUGGUGGAGACACUUUGCAUCGUGUGGUUUUCCUUUGAGUUUCUCGUGAGGUUUUUAUCUUGCCCGAGCAAACCGGCUUUUUUCAAAAACGCCAUGAACUCCAUCGAUAUCUUAGCGAUAGCACCUUAUUUCAUCACCCUUGGCCUUGAACUAGCAGAGCAACAGGAAGCAGGAAGCGAGCAGGCCAUGUCGUUAGCCAUACUCAGAGUCAUCCGUUUGGUUCGAGUGUUCAGGAUUUUUAAACUUUCCAGGCACUCCAAGGGUCUCCAAAUCCUGGGUCAGACACUCCACGCCAGCAUCAGCGAACUCGCGCUUUUGAUAUUCUUUCUUCUCAUAGGGGUUAUUCUGUUCUCCAGCGCAGUUUACUUUGCAGAGGCAGACGACCCUGAAUCGGGAUUCUCAAGUAUCCCCGCCGCGUUCUGGUGGGCGGUGGUGUCCAUGACUACGGUUGGAUAUGGAGACAUGUGCCCGGUUACUAUUGGUGGCAAAAUCGUGGGAUCUAUGUGUGCCAUCGCCGGAGUGCUGACCAUAGCCCUACCUGUCCCUGUUAUCGUGUCCAAUUUUAACUACUUUUAUCACAGAGAGCGUAAUGACGAGGAAACCUCUGUGUAUACCCACGUGACUUGUGGUCAACAGAACGCUUCAUUCGGAGAAUUCAAAUCGACCAGCGACAGCAGACAGUCCCUCACCAAAUCAGAGUACACGGAAGAGGAUUCUUGCGAGACUAUCAGAUUAACAAACUUCAACCCAUUUGAACAUUACACUGGCAAGCUGACAGAUGUAUGAAAAACAAGCAUUGGCCUAGUUGAGCAGGGAAUAAACCGUCUCGAGUACAAGAUCAAAGACCCUUGCCUUUCUGCUACACUUGAAAGAAAAUGCAAGCAAUUCCAUAUAUAUCUGUAACUGGAAAAGUCAAGAUAGUGAUCAAAUGUCACACACUUGUCCCAUGAACUACUGGCCAGUAAUGUGAGAUGACAGGUGCUGCUGUAGCAUCCAAUGGAGAGCCCCUUGAACAAACUACUGAAUGUUCAAUGAACCUUUCAAUGUACUUUGCAAUGUAUUCAAUGAACUGAAAUGACUACUGUGUAGAUAUCCUGUAAUGUAUGGUUGUAAAUAUGCCCUUUUUUUAAUGCUAUCCUUAUGUUCUCAGCUCAGAAUCUAAAUGUGAACAUGCAUUGCUCUGUGUGCCUUUGUGGAAAGUUUUGAAGGAACUACUUGUGUCGUCCUUUAUUUUAUAUAACUAUUUAUUGUACACAAAUUCAAAUUUAGCUGUAAAUGGUCCUUGGGAAGGAAUCACUGGUGUUAAAAUAACUUGCCCAUAGGAAUUUGAAUGAUGUCUGCAUGAGAAAUCAAUAGUUCUCUAAAAUGUUAAUGAAAGGUCUAUUUCUAUUUUUCUAAGAUUGUAAAAUUGUAUGUGAACUUUUA